AUGAAGUGGCUUGCCCUGGACGCCAUGGGCUCCUUGCUUUUAGUGAGGAAGCACAUCUUCAACGACUGGGAUGACGAGGGCAGCUUCAUGGCGGAUCCUGGAAUGCCUCUUCAGGACGAGGGGCAGGGCUACAGGGGCGGCCCCUCUCCCCGACGCCAUUACUCACCGCCGCCGUCCCAUUACUCACCGCGGUACCAGGCCAGAUCUGGCGCACCCCGAGACCGCAUGGACUACCAGCUACUGGCUAGCGACGUUGCGACAGCUCGCAGGACGUACCUGGUCAGGGAUAUAAUGGAAGAGAUGCAGCUGAAUGGGCUUGCCCCCGAUCGCCAGUUCCUCGAAAGCGCCAUCAGGUACAGCCUGCAGUCGACGCGCGUGGGCGACUGCUUCUAUUACUAUGAGGAGAUGCGCCGUCGGGGCAUGCAGCCUUCUGAGAGAUUGAAAGGGAGUCUUGUGUCCGUGCUGGCGCGCCACGGUGACAUGGACGCUGCUCUGGAGGUGUUUAGGCAGGUGCAGCCGUCGGCGCAGGGCGAGGACGGCUUCGAGCUUACCCUGUCGAUAGUCAACGCAUUCGCAGAAAAGGGGGACGUUGCUAAAGUGCGCCAACAAAUUCGCAGCUUCCUGGACCGUUACGGUGACCAGCCCAACGCCAUCACCUACGCUUACAGCGCAUUGAUCAGAGCAUACAGGAAGAAGCCUUUCGGGGACAGGGCAGAGUACCAGAGAGAGGUUCUAGCGGCUCUGGCCGAGGGGCAAGCGGCGGUGGGGGCUUCAACCGAGCCGCAGCGGCCCUGGCAGCUCGCGCCGGCGGCGCUAUUUGCGCUGCAGAAAUACGGGUGCCACGAUGCGGUGGUGACAUUGUUCGAGAGCAUUCCCCCCGAGGAUAGGGACAAUCCCAGCUCCUGGGCGUACACCCACACCAUCACCUCCUACAUCAAGGACGCCACCGGCAUCUUCAGGUGGCCCAAGAGCGAGGCGGAGCUGCGAUCGGCCCUCAAACACCAGUGGGCACAGGUCCUCAAGGAGAAGCAUGACACCCUGCGGGCGCAGAGAGCCACCGCAGCUGAGCAGCUGACAGAUCAGCAAAACACAGCCGCUCCAGAACAGGCAACAGCAGCUGCUGCGCCAGCACAGGCAACAACUGCCACCAUGUCAGAUCAGGAAAUCACAACCACUCCAGAACAGGCAACAGCGGCUGUUGCGCCAGAACAGGCAACAAGCACCAGCGUGCCAGAACAGGAGACUGCGAGCAGGCCAUUCUGGGCGAGAAUGUUCGGUAUAGAACAGGAAGCAGCGCCCAGUGCGCCAGAACAGGCGACAGCAGCGAACGUGCCAGAUCAGGAAGCUGCAAGCAAGCCAGAUUUGGCAACAGCAGCCGCUCCAGAACAGGCAACGGUGCCAGACGCGCCAGAACAGGCGACAGCCGUCGAGCCAGAACAGGCGACUGUGGGCACCCCGGAAGAGGCGAUCCCUCCUCCUUCGCCAGAACGGGCGAAAAGAGAGUCUGCCUGGAACAGCGGGCAGGAGAGCAGCUCAUCGGAUGAUGACAGCGAUGGUGACUUCAGCAGCGGUGACAUCAGCAGUGAUGAUGAUGUCAGCGAUGACGAGGGCAAUGACUACGGCGGCUCGCAGGAGCGAUGGACCUCCAACACCCCGAUGUCAGGUCCGGCCGGGGAGGCACUGAAACUUGCGCGGAUGAAGGAAUUGAGAUGGGUGCCGAAGGAAGAGUACAGUAAACUUCGCUACAGUUAUCUGAUGGGCCUGGCGAAUAGGGAGAGCUGGGAGAAGGCCAUAGCGCUGCAUGCAGAGAUGAACUCCAAGGGACUCGAGCUGCCUGCCAGCGAACUGCUAGAAUUCAUUGAGGUGGGAAAGCUGGCUUCGAUUCAGAUGGAGGCCAUGGGUUGCCACGGGGCGUUGCAAGUCGGAGUCGAACUUCUGAACCGCUUUGGCCAAGUGGGCUUCAAGCGCCACUUCAUCAACGGCCUGGUUGGCAGCCACCUGCUGAGAUUCGCGGUGCAACGCCACGUGGGCGACCUAACCCUCGCACACAAGCUCUGGGACUUACUCAUCGCGCAGGGGAAUAUACCGGAGCGCGCGUCUUGUCGCGCGUACCUCCUCGCCAUGGAACAGCGCGAGCCCGGGUCCCAGCAGCUGCACAAGGCGCGCGGCAGCUUCCUAGAAUACCAGCUGGAGUUGCAAAACAUUUUAUUGGCUUGUAUAUGGGGUUUUGGGGUGAUGGACGUAGUCAUGAAGGAGUACGGCGUGAUCAACCGGCCGAGAAAAUUUGGCAAGCUUAAGGCCCAGCAGCAGUCGAUUGACUUAGACUGGGACAGCGGCUCAUAG